UGUCGCGAUUUAUGGUCGUUUUCAUUUGUACAACAACAUGUCAAAUGUUAGUCUUUCGAAUGGGAGUCCGACGUUGGAAAUGGUGGAUCCGCGUCCGACGAAUCACACGAAGCCCCCGAUUCGCAGAAAUCUUUUCGGAUCGGUAGAUCACGACGACUUUAGGAGGGAGUGUUUGGUUCAAAUGAAGGAGAUGGAGAAGGCUUCUAUUGACAAAUGGAAUUAUGAUUUCCAAAACGACAAGCCCCUUUCCCAGGGAGAUUAUAAAUGGGAACCCAUGAAAAGCAGCGAACUGCCUGACUUUUACAGCAGACCGCCUCACAAGCGAGUCUUGUCCUCUGGAAAUGUGGACCAUAACGGGAAUCAUGAUUACCGAGUCCGACCGAGCUGUCUUACGAACGGGGCUGAGCUAUCCGAGGAGACUGAGAGCGAGAGGCAGAAGCAUUGUCACCACUCUCACAACCGGGCAAGGAAAAGACCUGCAAAUCCAGAACCCCAAAGUACUGGUAAAAAGUCACAUUCCAGUGAAGAGGAUGAAGUGGUGUCAAAGUCAGUAGAGCAGACACCCAGCAAAAACGAUUCCAGGACACAUGAACACUAAUACCAAGCGCUGAGAAGUCCUCCUUUUUCAUUGAAUACUGUACUUCAGGACCUUAAGAAGAUAAGAGGGAAAGAAGAGAAGACAGGAUACAAAAUGGCCUGCGUUUAGGAGGGAGAGAGGCUGUGCAAGCACUGAAUAUAUACACUAAAGUUUUGGCACUCAAUUUAAUCCUAUCUCCUCAAAAGCAGAAAAUGUAGCAGUGUGCAAAAUUGGAUGUUUUUCCCUUUUUGCUCAGUUUUAUUUUAACUACCUAUGUAUAGCACAUAAAACAUAAUAUUAUUAUGUUAAUAAAAUAAGUGUCUUGAAGAAUUGCUGUGCAGUUCUCAAAAAAAUAUUGUUUGUUUGUAAAAGUGGUCAUAUGAUAUCCUUGUUCAGAAAUAAUUGAUAGUUAUAAAUGGGGCAGCAGGGUAGCCUAGUGGUUAGACCAUUGGACUAGUAACCGAAAGGUUGCAAGUUCAAAUCCCCGAGCUGACAAGGUACAAAUCUGUCAUUCUUCCCCUGAACAGGCAGUUAACCCACUGUUCCUAGGCUGUCAUUGAAAAUAAGAAUUUGUUCUUAACUUACUUGCCUAGUUAAAUAAAGGUAAAAAGAAAAUGCAGAUUAUUUAUAAGUCACUGUUUUUGAGAGUAUCUCAUCAAAGAAUCAGUUGUUUCUAUUUUGUGGCUUUAUUCAGUGUUCAGUGCUAGUACAUAGUUUGAAGGCCUAUUAUUCAAAAGCUGGUCAUUAGAGGUCAAUUCUAUUUCAAUUGAGGAAGUAAACUGAAAGUCAUUCCAAUUCCAAUUUUCCUCAAUGUUUUUCAAUGACAGAAAAUAUUUGGAUUUUUUUUUUACUUCCUGAGUUGACUGAAUUUGAAUGUAAUUGACCCAAUGCUACACUAAGGUCAUAUUGUCAAUCAGUUUGUUACAUGACCUAACUAGAUACAAGUUUACAUGCAAAUAAUAUAUUAUUAUUUUAAUUAAGUGUUCCUACUGCGAAAGGGAAAGAUCCUGCCAAAGUUUCAACAUUUGUCUUAUUUUUAUGGAGAAAAAAUUAAAUGAUUAGGCCUUAUUCAUGGCAUAGUUAGAAAUUAUUGGUUAAAGUUUGAAAAUAUAGUUCCCAUUUUGAAGUAUUAAUUAUUAUUAUUAUGCCACCCUAAAAUUAGUUGGUUUCCUUUAACCUAUUCAUAAUGUGGUCCAGUUUGACCCAGAGUAGCCUACACUCUCAGAUGUGUUUUGUAACCCCUGGCCACUUUUCAAACAUAAAUAUGUGAAUCAACGAUUUGCCUCUUAUUGUGUGUUGACUUCAUAUUGAGCAUGACAUGGCACUAUAUAGACCACACAAAGGAAAUAAUUAUCAUCUUUGAGGAGGACAGACAGAUAAAAGACAAAGCUAUACUGCAUGUACAGUGUGUCUGUAUAAAACUUUGAAGUGUACCUGUGUAUUUUUCCUUGUAAAAAUUAUAGUAACGUAUUUUUCUUCAGGUUUUUGUGGUUGAAUUGAUAUCCAAAGUGACAUUUUUUGAGCAUUGUUAUGUAAAUACUUUAAAAAAUGUUUUUGGAUAGAAAAGGUUGCACAACUGAGCCUGGUUAAAAAUAUACCUGUAUAUUUUGUAUUGUGUCUCUGAAACCAGCAGUCAUUUGAUAAAAAAAAAACUAUAUUGGUUUAAAUAAAAAGUUAUUUAUUUAUUAUUUUCAUAA